GGGCGCCCCGCCCCGCGGACGGACGGCGACUCGUCUGCGUCCUCCGCGUCCUUGUGCGUUUGCCAGCGCCUGGCUGCCCGGCGCUUCCAAGGUUCAGUCUUGCGCGGGGCCCCGAAGCUCGCGGACGUCUCACGAUGAGCCUGACCCACAAACUGCGGGAGGUGAUGGCGGCCAUCAGCGGAGUCCCCGGUUUUGACAAAGUUUUGGAAAAGGUGACGCUGGUUUCGGCGGCUCCUGGGAGGGUGACCUGUGAGCUGAGAGUCGAGGAGGAGCACACCAACAAGCUGGGCACGCUCCACGGGGGGCUGACGGCCACCCUGGUGGACAGCAUCUCGACCAUGGCUCUGCUCUGCACGGAGAGGGCCCUGCCGGGCGUCAGCGUGGACAUGAACAUCACGUACAUGUCACCGGCGAAAAUAGGCGAAGUGGUGGUGAUAACAGCACAGAUCCUGAAGCAAGGGAGGACGCUGGCCUUUGCCUCCGUGGACCUGACCAACAAGACGACCGGGAAGCUGGUGGCUCAGGGCAGGCACACCAAGCACCUGGGGAGCUAGGACACAGGCCUCCACCACCCGGGGGAGUCGAGGGGACGACUGCAUGUACCUGCCUAAUAAAGAGCACGACCGGCAGCAGCCGAGAACUCGUGUUCCAGGGGGGAGCAGAGACCAUGCGGGACAGCGGGCAGGGGCAUCUGUUUUUCUUUAAUUAUAAGCCUCUUCAGUGUUAGCGUUUAACCAUAUGUAUGAUACUGGGGUGAAAAGUUCUUAGCUCAGUGUUUUGAAAACGUAGGCAAAGAAACAAACACCUUAAAACUGACAUCUAAUAUUAAACUAAAGGAGAAACAAA